AUGAAACCACACUUGAAGCAAUGGCGACAACGAAUGCUCUUUGGAAUAUUUGUUUGGGGGCUCCUCUUUUUGGCAAUUUUCAUCUACUUCACCAACAGCAAUCCUGCUGCACCUAUGCCCAGCUCCUUUUCCUUCCUGGAGAGCCGUGGGCUCCUGCCUGUACAGGGCAAGCAGAGAGUCAUCAUGGGCGCUUUACAGGAGCCCUCCUUGCCCAGAAGUUUGGAGGCAAGCAAAGUGCUGCUGGACCGCCACCCUGUGAACCUCUUCCAUAACUGGCCUGGGGACCCACAGAAGUGGGACCAGGCUCAAGACGGCUUUGGGGAUGAAUUUUUUACAUCCCAGGUUGGGAGGAAAUCGCAAAGUGCUUUGUAUCCCGAGGAAGACAGCUACUUUUUUAUUGCGGGUCAGCCUGGGUUGUACCACCACAGACAGGGUGCACUGGGGCUGCCAUCUCCAGGAGAGACGUCUUGGCGGUCACGACCUACCCAGCCCAAGCAGGAGAAGCGGCGCCACUCAAGGCGAGCCAGCUUGCUUGAGGAAGCCUAUGACAGCGACAUGCUAUCAGCCUCCAUGUCCAGAGCCUUCCUGUACCGGCUCUGGAAGGGAACCGUGUCCUCUAAGAUGUUGAACCCGCGCCUGCAGAAGGCCAUGCGCUACUACAUGUCCUUCAACAAGCAUGGUGUGCGCUUCCGCAGGCGGGGGCGGCGAGAGACUCGGCGUACAGGGGCAGAGCUGCUGUGCGAGAUGCGCAGGCGUGUGCGUGUGCGCACAUUGGACGGCAAAGAGGCGCCAUUCUCGGGGCUGGGCUGGCGGCCUCUGGUACCAGGCGUGCCUCUGAGCCAGUUACACCCGCGGGGUCUGCGCAGCUGCGCAGUUGUCAUGUCUGCCGGUGCCAUCCUGAACUCCUCUUUGGGGGAGGAAAUCGAUUCUCAUGAUGCAGUUUUGAGAUUUAACUCUGCCCCUACACGUGGCUAUGAGAAAGAUGUCGGAAAUAAAACCACAGUACGCAUCAUUAAUUCUCAGAUUCUGGCCAACCCCAGCCAUCACUUCAUUGACAGUUCUUUAUAUAAAGAUGUUAUCCUGGUAGCCUGGGAUCCAGCUCCUUAUUCUGCCAAUCUUAACCUGUGGUAUAAGAAGCCAGAUUACAACCUUUUCACUCCAUAUAUACAACAUCGCCUGAAAUACCCAACUCAGCCAUUUUACAUUCUUCACCCCAAAUUUAUAUGGCAGCUUUGGGACAUUAUCCAGGAGAACACAAGGGAGAAGAUACAGCCCAACCCACCAUCUUCUGGUUUUAUUGGAAUCCUCAUCAUGAUGUCCAUGUGCAAAGAAGUGCACGUAUAUGAGUACAUCCCAUCUGUCCGGCAGACAGAGCUUUGCCACUACCAUGAGCUGUACUAUGAUGCAGCCUGCACCUUGGGGGCCUACCACCCACUGCUCUAUGAAAAACUACUGGUGCAGCGCCUUAACACAGGCACCCAGGCAGAUUUGCAUCACAAGGGAAAGGUGGUCCUGCCAGGCUUCCGGACCCUGCGGUGCCCAGUAACCAGCACCAACAGUACACACUCUUAA